GCAACUACCACGCAUGCGCUGGGCGCGUGACCUUGCCGCAGCACAGGACGCAAGUCCCAGAGCGUUCUUCUUCCGCUCGCUGGGUUUAGCGGCGGUCGCCUGCCGCAUCGCCCGUUCCCAAUCCAGUGCGCAUGCGCUCCUAGAAGCUUUCCCCCCCCAUCUCUCCUGUUAGACGUCGGGGCGUUCUUGUUCUUCCCCGCCCCGGGCGCUCUCAGGACCACCCUAGUGCUGAGCGGUUGCUCAGGGGUCAGGCUUUGAGGCAGGGCUCGGGUUGGGGUCCCCUGAAGGGGAGGCACCUGGGGCCUGACGUGGGCGCCUCCAAGAUCCAAUUGAGGCACAGGAGGGGUCCCUGGGGUGCAGGUGGGGCCACCCAGGCCUGCGGGGGGGGUCCCUGGGGUGCGGAUGCGGUCCCUCAGGCUUGCUCUGGGGCCCCUGUUGGCCCAGUUGCGGCCCUACGUGGGGGGGCCCUGCAGUAGUGCAGAGGGGCAGUAUUGGGAGGGCAGUGAGAUGCUGCUGGAUGUGUGCCGAAGGAGGCACUUUCUCAGAGGGGACCAGCAGCAGGCACUCACUUGGGACUCAUACCUGAAGGGCUGCCACCCAGGCUUUGGGCCCUUGGGGCUGGAGCUGAGGAAGAACUUGGCCGCCCAGUGGUGGGCUUCAGUGGUGGUUUCGAGGGAGCAAGUGUUUGCAGUGGAUUCUUUGCUACAUCGUGCGCCAGGAGCUAGCAUGCUGCCAACAGGGGAGGGUCUCAGGCUGAUGCAGGUUGGAGCCCUGCGUGAAAUCUUCCAGAAUAAAGAAUUAAACAAAGAGCAGAUAACUGCAGCUCUGGAAAACAUGCUAGGGAUGUCUGGGGUGCUGCGAGAGGACCUUCUUCAUGGUGCUCUAGAGCAAUAUAUUAACUGUCUAGAAUUGGUAAACAAGAGGCUGCCAUGUGGACUUGCUCAGGUUGGAGUAUGUUUUCAUCCUGUUCUGGACAUUGAGCCUCAAAAUGACAACAUCACAAGAAUAGGCGAAAGGACAAUGUCUUCCCUUGUAUGGUUUAGCUCCGCCAGAACUGCAGGACAGUGGCUUGAUUACUGGUUACGCCAGCGGCUCCAGUGGUGGAGAAAGUUUGCGAUAGGCCCAUCCAACUUCAGCAGCAGCCACUUUCAAGAUAAAGAGGGAAGAAAAGGAAAUAAUUUGUACUACAGCUUUCCUUGGGGAAAGGAACCAAUAGAAACAUUGCUGAGUCUAGGAGAUAAUGAACUGUUACAAAUGUAUCCAGGGAAUAAAUCAAAAUUACAUGGCCGAGAUGGAAGGAAGAACGUUAUUCCUCAUGCACUGUCUGUGAGUGGCAAUCUGGACCAAGGAGUGCUAGCAUAUCUUUGUGAUUCUCUGCAGCUAACUGAGAGCUCUCUAAUAAGAAAGAAAACUCUUCAAAGAAAGGUACUUAAGCUUCACCCUUGUUUAACACCAAUAAAAGUUGCUUUGGACGUUGGAAGAGGCCCAACAAUGGAGCUGAGACAGGUGUGUCAGGGGCUGUUCAAUGAAUUGAUAGAGAAAGGAAUUUCUGUGUGGCCUGGGUAUCUUGAAACCAUGCAGACACCUCUGGAGCAACUCUAUGCAAAGUAUGAUGAGAUGAGUGUCCUCUUCACAAUCUUGAUCAGUGAUGCUACUCUGGAGAAUGGAGUGGUUCAGCUGAGAAGCAGAGACACCACCAUGAAAGAAAUGAUGCACAUCUCUCGAUUGAAGGAAUUUUUAACUAAGUACAUUACAGCAGCUAAAAAUGUAUAAAUUAGAACCUCUCUAAUAAAAGGAAUUUUGUAUCUGUGUUUAAA